ACGAGCCUGUAACUCAACGGAAAAUAUUUGAUAUCGACAUAUUGGGAACAAGGUGAAUUGGUGCCAUUUAAUUUUGCACUACAGCCAAUCCCACAUGUCUGUGGCAACGUGUCUGCGAUCGUCCGGUGCACUUCGAACCCUUGUGGUGACCGGUGUCAACACGCUCUUUAGGACUCCAAAGCCAAAAAAUCAGUCUUCCUUUCAACGACCUCUGAUCUGCACCGGCGUUUGUAGGUUCUACAGCAAAAUGGCUUCUUAUGCGAUCGAGGAAAAAGGGCCCCAAAACUCCAUGGAUUAUCGCGUAUUCUUCAAGAAUGCGAGCAGUGGGAAUUACAUUUCUCCAUUCCAUGACAUACCGUUGACCCCACCUGGUAGCUCUGAUCCAGCUGUUUUCAACAUGGUUGUUGAAGUUCCUCGCUGGAGCAAUGCAAAGAUGGAGAUCAAAACAACAGAGAAAAUGAACCCCAUCAAACAAGAUGUGAAGAAGGAGAAACUUCGAUUUGUCAAGAACUGCUUCCCUCAUCAUGGGUACAUCUGGAACUACGGCGCAUUUCCACAGACAUGGGAGGAUCCUAACCACAGAGACGAACACACUGAAUGCAACGGGGAUAACGACCCUCUGGACGUCUGCGAAAUUGGGUCGCGAGUGGCCAAGCAGGGAGAAGUGAUACAGGUCAAGGUCCUGGGAGUAUUAGCCAUGAUCGAUGAAGGUGAAACUGACUGGAAAAUCCUAACCAUCGACGUGAGGGACAAACUAGCAAAGGUUCUAAAUGACGUAGAGGACAUAAGGGAACACAUGCCUGGUUUUCUUGAGGCCACUUUUGAAUGGUUCAAGAUCUACAAGGUGCCCGACGGGAAGCCGUUCAACUCGUUUGCUUUUAAUGCCGAGCCCAAAAAUAAGGACUUUGCUCUAGACAUUAUCAAGAAAACUCAUGGCCAGUGGCAGCAGCUGAUGCACAAUAAGACAGAUCCGGCCGGCAUCGCUUGUGAAAAUGUAACAGUGGCCGGCAGUGCACACAUGGUGUCAAUAGAGAAGGCGAAGGAAAUCGUUGCAGCUGCACCGGCAACUGGAAAAGUUGAACCAAUUGACCCCGAGAUUGAUGCGUGGCACUACGUAUCCCAACAAUAGCAAUUAAAGACGACAAGCCAACAGAACGACAGCAAGCUAUGACACACUGCACUACAUGCUGACAUUUGGUCUCAACGAAGUGAUCUUGUUAAGUGGUAUAUUUUCUCCGAAGGGUUUUGUCCGAAGGGUUGUAUCAAAUUGCAAUGUUGCUGAUCUUUUUUAUCUGGCAAAGCAUAUAGAAUUGUUUUAUGCAAAGUUAUUGUCCACUUGAAAAAGUAGUUUGCGCUUGCCUGAAAGUUUGUGCAAAAAAUUCUUUUUUGUGAUGAAACGUAACUUAUUUCUCCAAGCACUUUUGUCAGGAACAUUUCAGAAUCUAGAAUCGUCCUCUGCACAGCUAACCAAUGGCAUAUUUUUGGUUCUGUAUAAAAUCAAACAGUGCAUCAGGUCCCUGGAAUGUGCUAGUGAUUUAUGUCAACCUCCCUCAGUCCUGAAAAAUCCUCCAGAAAACCUGAUGGAUUCUGUAAGGAUCUAGGGAAGGUUUGCAAUUUAAUGACCCAAUAUUGUCAUUGUCUGAAAUGGUUGUGGCCAGGCAGGGUAAUUUCGUGCACAUUAACCUCACUAAUUAUAUAAGAGAUUGUUUAUUGGUCUUACAUGAGUACAUUGAAUGUGCUCAGCUUGGUAAUUCACUGAAGACUUGGACAUAUUUUAAAUGAUUUGUCAGGCAUGUACACAGAAUUAUUUAUAUAAUGGAGCAUGGAGCCAGCCUUCUCAUUUACAUUUAGGGGUCUUAUAAAAAGGUGAUAUUUUAUAGAUCUUUGGGAUUUUUUCAUUAUUCUCACGUUUAGUGAAAAGUAUAGCUGGAAUUCUCAUCGCAAGUUGUAGUUUGGGGUUAGUGUCAAGUUGGGGUUUAUCUUGGAAUGAAUACUUCAAGAGUGACCUGAAUCAUUUCUUUGUAAAUCCUUCAACCACCAUGAAGUGUACGCUAAAAUGCUGAAGUACUUACAAAAGUGUAUUCUAAGCAACAAUUAGUCACUACAUGUAUCUGUCAGAUACAAAGCUUCACCAGCGAACAAUUGCGUCUAUUCCACACUUCAGAAAUCUUGCAUAAAAAAUGUCUAGAAUAUUUUAAAAAUACCCUUUAACAUAUUCAGAUAUUGUUGCAUAAAUUUAAUUCAAUCAAAUAUAUGUAGUGCUUAAAACAGGGUUACAAAGUUUUAUUGUGAUUUUUUUCAAAUCCUGUGCAUUUCAAAUAGAGCUAACCACAAUGUGUCUUCACUAAAUCUUUUCAAAUCCAAUUUCUUUCAACUUUUUUUAAAACUGAUAUUUGUAGGCAGCACAAUAGUCACAUUGACCAAGUUGACUUUUCAGAAAAGACAGACUUAAGAAAUAAUAAUGCCCUUGAAAUGUCUCCUCUAUCUUUGUGUUUGAAAUCAGAUUGUUUAUUGUAUUCACAGCACUUAAUUUAGCCUGCACAUUCGGAAACUAGUGCUUAAAAUCGCCAAAGACUUGUCGGAAUGAGAAAAAAGUCUGGAGUGUAUUCUUGGAUUUGUGUGGCCGUGGGUUAAAAUUUAUAUGGUUUUCCCCUGACGGCCAAAAUAGUUUUGUAGUCUUGCAACAAACUUGACAACUGUUGGACAGCUCUGACCAAAUCUAAAUGCCAUUCCCAAAAUGUGUUUGUGUUUUUUUUCCAAUGGUGUAAGUGUGCAGAGAUGAGAAAAUUGAAAUUUUUAUCACAAUUGUGUUGUUUUAGUUAAAUAAUAAACACUUUCAGCCGAUCAUGCAAGGAAGAGUUACAAGUUCAAAGCGACUAUUUCAAAAAACUUUUAUUUCAUGAACACAUUUGAAGAUUUUUUUUCUGGGAAUCUUUUUGUCCCUUAAGCUGUACAAGUACAUGCAUCUGCUGUCAUAAUAAAUUGGGAAUAUGUAAA